AUGGUUAGGACAAGAGGAGCACAUCGUGGUGGCUCAAGUUCUUCACAUGCUGAGGCUUUUGAGCAAAAGCCUAGACAAAGACCUACUGCAUCUAUUCGCAGAAGAGGUAAGGGUCAUCAUAGAGAGAGUGGUCCAUCAUCUCAUGGGGAAGCUGGUUCAUCAACUAGUCAUGGAGAAGCUGGUCCAUCAUCAUCAACUCCUAUUGAUAUUCAUGAAGAGCAAGAAAAUAUAAUUCACCAUGAGGAGGUUGUUGCGGGGCAGGACCAUGAUGUUUUAGGAGGAUUUCCUGGAGGACCUGAGGAUACGUCUUUGUUGACCGGAUUUGCUAAUCAUGUUGCAUGUGCUAUUUGGGAUGGCCAAGACCGAGUGGACAUGAAGUUAGUGUCCCAUGGCAAGAAAUUGAAAAGAUUUGGAGUUUGUCAUGCAGUUGUUAAGCCAUUUGUUCAAAAUUCAGGAUUGAUGCCACUAUGUGAUAUAAUAUAUGAAUAUCCUGAUAAGGGUCUCAUACAAGCUUUUGUUGAGAGGUGGCAUAGAGAGACUGACAACUUUCAUCUUCCUUUUGGAGAGAUGACUGUGACAUUAGACGACAUCUUUGUCCUUCUCCAUUUGCCUAUAGUUGGAGGGCUUUUAAGCAAUGAAGCAUUAGACUUCGAUGUUGCUCUUGAGUGUGUGAUUGAUCUUUUAGGCGUUGAACUGUCAAAGGCAUCAUCUGAGUUGAAUCAUUUUCGCGGUCCCCAUAGCGCUUCCUCCAUCAACGUCUCGUACCUCAAUAUGUUUGCAGAUCUGCAGUCUUGUGGAAGGUUUGCAUGGGGAACUAUUGCAUUGACACAUCUUUAUGAGCAGCUUAGCGAUGCCAGUCUUGCCCACACCAAGCAAUUAGUUGGAUAUCUUACUCUUUUACAGAGUUGGAUAUAUGAGCACUUCCCAGGAUUGGGAAGGAAGCAAGUACUGGAUAACUAUGAUGAACAGAGACCUCGGGCGACACAUUAUGUGACACCGAGACUGAAUUGUACUUUGGUUGAGGUUAGGGCACAAUUAGAUGCACUUACGUAA